UUAAUAAUGGAGGAAUAGAAAUGCACUGAUGAAAUAGAGAAGGUGACUGGUGAAAGACUGUAUGGCCAUGGUCAGCUUUAUUGAUGUCCACCUGCUGGGAAGAAGAGGAGCUGUAGGGGAAUUUUGGAUGGAGGGUGAUACAGGUGUUGUGCUGAUUGGAAGAUGCAUUUGGAGGCCUGGACGAUAGUCAAUAUCAAGGUCAGCUAAGCAGAUCUCUCUUGGAUAUUGAGAUAACUGGCACAAUUGCUGCAAGGUUUCAAGUGGUUGGGAAAUCUGAACCUUGUUACAUAGCAAAAGAUAAGUACCAU